UUUUCAAUAUACUCCGCCUCUCGAUAUUUCAUGAACUAGGCCUACGUGUGCUAUAUGAGGUGUAAAAACCCCUAUCACAUCUCACGUUGCGACGGCUUCUGUCCGAGUUUACAGUACGUGUACCAUAGGUGUGGUCACUGGCAAUUUUCUGCACUUUUUCUCUUUCUUGCAUAAAAUAAGAAUUUCAAUAAGAAAAUACCAAUAAACUUAUGUUUUAUGGUGAAUGAACACCAUAAAAACCUAAUUUUGUAUGAAAGAAACGUAGAAGACACAAAUUUUCUCAGUUUCAAAGCAACAUUUUAUCUGAAAUACGCCAAAAUAACUUGAAAACGUGAAAGUGACGUCGGAUAUUUCACCAUCAAAAGCAACAUCCGGGCACCAUGGGAGUGGAAGUACAUGCAUUUACACGCAACGUGUACAUGUAGGAGCUGAUUAUGAAAUUUGGACUGUCUACUUCAUAAAGACAUCGUUUCCACACUGCAACAGUUAGAUUUUGCAAUUUGAAAGAAAGAAACACGUUUGAAAAUGCCUAGAAGGAUCAGUGAAAGUGCUGAAGAUGUUUGUGAUGUCUGCAGUGAAGCCAUCACAAUUUUUGCCAUCGGGAAAUGUGAUCACCCCGUAUGUUUGCGAUGUUCGACAAGGCUGAGAGUACUUAUUGAUGACAUGACCUGCCCGAUCUGUCGAACAGAACUACCACAGGUUGUGUUCUUAAAGUCAAGGAAGUUGUUUGAAAAGGUACUUUGGCAGAAGUUCAAGUUUAUCCGGAAGUAUACCAUUUACUUUGAAGAUCCAGCAGUGGAAGAUGUUUUUAAGAAACUUCUUGAACAUCAAUGUCCGUUGUGUCCAGACCGGCCUCCAGAUCGAGGAUUCAUGCAAAUGAAAACGCACAUGAGUAAAGAGCAUUCACUCUACUAUUGUGAUAUUUGUGUGGAACACUUGAAGGUGUUCUCUGGUGAGCGGCGCUAUUAUAGUCGACCAGAGCUCGCUCGACAUCGACGGGUUGGCGAUGCCAAUGAUACAUCACACAAAGGUCACCCUCUCUGUGAAUUCUGUGAUGAGAGAUACCUCGACAAUGAUGAACUGCUGCGCCAUCUCAGGAAGGAACAUUAUUACUGUCAUUUCUGUGAUCAAGACGGCUCAAACCAAUACUACAGUGACUAUGAAGUCCUCAGGGAACACUUCCUCAAACAGCACUACCUUUGUCAGGAAGAAGACUGUGCCAGAGCUCAGUUCACCAAUGCAUUCAAGUCACUGAUUGAUUUGAAAGGACAUCAAGCUCAUCAACAUGCCGGGGGACUAAAGAAAGGCCAAAUAAAACAAAAUCGCCAUCUCGACAUUGAAAUCAAUCUGGCACCCAGGGGACAUAUUAAUAAGUCUGGUCGCAGAGAAAGAGGUAUGGUCACUGGUGAUGAUUUUGAUGAAGUUGGCAAAGGCAGAGGUCGUGGGCGAGGUCAAGGAGGCGAGCGUGGGCGAGGCAGUUACCGCCAUGACCGGCGAGCAAGAAGAGAUGAUGAUGAUGAUGAUGAUGUACGGCGAGGCAUUGCAGCAUCUCUUGCCGAGAAUCAGAAACCUGAAGGUGGCGGUGCAGCGUCCGAACCAGAUCCAGACCCUCUCCAGGUGACCAGUUAUUCAGAUGACUUCCCAACAAUCGGUGCCUCAGCUAGUAAUGCUCCAGUUCCACUAGGUGGCAGUACUAUGGCUAACAGAUUCGCUCGUGAUAACAAAAUGUCGGUAAAGGAAUCAGGAGAAGUUGAUGACUUUCCAGAACUUCCCACCAGUCGUGAGUUGCAGCAGCAUGCAAAAAAGGUCCCAGUGCAUGGUCCUAAGGUUUGGGAAUUCACCCAUACGCCUGAAACUAAGAAAGCACCAAGUGUAGGCAUUCAGAAUGCGAGUAAAAAGAAACCUGGUGGGAUGGACUUCAAAGUGCCCAAGGAAGCUCAGAUAGUUGAGAAAGUGGAAGAGUUCCCUGCCUUACCAAGUUCAGGUAAGAGUGAACCAGCUAGGCAAGUGACUGCACCACCUCAGAGACCAACACCAGCUCCUGCCAAACCAGUGUCAAAACCAGAGUUGCCAUUCAACCAACCACCUCUUGCUGUUGUGGCUGCUAAACCAGCGAAUGUGUACAGCACCAAACCAACAUUGUCAUCGAUAGGUAACCUGUUAACAAGUGGUGAAAAACCCAGGGGAAAUGUGGCCGCUGUUGGAAAAUCAAGGACAUACAUCUCCUCUGGAAAUACACCCAGCCUGGCCAGUGAUUCAGACUUUCCCUCCUUAGGUGGUGGUUACCAAGCAACCAAAGUAGACUCCUGGGUCGCCAAUGCAAAAGAUCCUGUCCAGCCGUCGCCAAAUAUCAGUCUGAUUCAGAGUAAAACUAAAGACUUUCCUGAACCUGCCAGCAAUACCAAGCAAGCUACUGUGCAGAGUUACAAUACAAAUGCAUUCAAGGACGAUGAAGACUUCCCUAGUCUUGGUGGAGGUGGUGUUCAAAUGCCAGCCACAUGGGUGACACAAGGCAAAGUAAGCAAUAGAAUUAAACAGAAACCUUUAAAUGUGAAACCUGUAGUGACUGCAGGCCAAAGGCAGAAGGCUGCUGCUGCUGCUAAACCAAAGAAAAACGAAGGUCCUCCACCAUCCAACUUAGAGGGGCUCUUGUCCACUCCUGAUCCUGUGAAACCACAGCAAAAUGCGAUUGCUGAGGACAGCGAGUUCAUCACUGUUGUCAGUAAACCCAAGAAGAAACCCGAGCCGGAGGUUGCCACGGAGACCAAGCAAGGCAAGAAAAAGAAGAAGAAGAAAGGAAAGGGGAAUAAAGAUGCGAAAGAGGAGGGGAAGGAGAAUUCGGAUGAUUUAGUGAUUGGCUAUGCAUUGGCCACAUUGGAGGAUGCUGAGAAGAAGCCAGAGGAACCCGAGAUGAUCCCAGAAGCUGAUUUCCGGAUGGGAGGUGAAGAGAAGACCAAGUCCAAGGGUAAAUCAAGGAAAGAGAAGAAACAGGCUGAGAAAGUGAUGAGUGUUGCAAAGGAGAGUUGCCAGGAUGCAUGGACGAGUGUUCCCAAGGAGAGUCCUGAGUAUUCGUGGACAGAAGUGAAGAGGGAACCAGAGAGGGAGAGUCCGGUCGACCAUGUCAAGGUCAUCUCGAAUAAAAAUCUUAGCAACGUGGAAAAAUUAGCUCAUAUGAAUAAUUUCAGCCUCUUGGAAGAGGUUGAAGAUAUUCCAGAGGAAGAACCUCCAAAAUCACAAUCAAAAGGUACCAAGAAAAACAAUAAAGUGCCUGAUUUCAAUUCGGAUGAUUUCCCAGCCCUAGGUGGUGGAUCAAGGCGUCCGAAUAGUUGGAUGGAGAAACCUCGGGACUACAGUUCAGUCAAGUCUCAAAAGAAUGUAAAGGAGACAAGCCCGUUUAGCGUGACGAUGCCGGACUCAAAUGUUCCCUCUGGCAGGAUGCCUGGGCUGCAAAUCAACGACUUCCCAUCACUGGAAAAUAUUGCAAAGUAUCCAUCCAUGCCUUCACCAGCUACACCACCUGGGCUGCCUGUCUCUAGAAGUUUUGCUGCCGAAGAUAGUAAACCAUUCAAACCUCCGCCUGGGUUUGUCAGUGGCGGCAGCCUGUCUGCUAUCGCCAGUAGUCUCGGAGGGGCACCAGUACCUAAAGCUCCAGCACCUCCUAAGCCGCUAAAAAUGACAUACCAGUAUGCUCAACCUCCUGAUUUCCAGGAGAGAAAUCGUAAGCUGAUCUUCGAGUUUCACAACUUGCUUAGUUCACCGCAGGAAUUUGACGAAUUCAAGUUUCUCUCUGGGCAGUUCCGUCAAGGCCUCACUAGUGCGCAGCAGUACUAUACUGACUGUGUCUCACUGAUGGGGGCAGACCGAUUCAUGGUCGUCUUUCCAGAGCUACUGGUCCUGUUGCCCGAUAUUGACAAACAGAAGGAACUUAAUGAUGCUUUUAAGUCAUGUAAGAAGAACAGUUUCAUGAAGAAACAAGAGCUGCAUGUCCAGACAUGCUCGACGUGUCGACAGGUGCUCACCCAGAAAGACUUUGACUACCAUAUCUGUAUCCCAGAUUUACCGAAAGAUUUUCCUACGCUUUAAGUCAAUCGCUAUUAUGGUUUGUAAAGUCUGUCUAUCAAAGUGAGGUUGCGUGUGCAAUCUCAUGGUAACAACCUACAAACACCUUGCUGACCAAGGCCAGGGGAAUAUUCCAUCCAUCUCUGGUGCAUCAAGUGCAAAUAAACAAACACGUUAGAGAGGUUCUGAAAUUAGAGACGUUUAGCCUAAUAUAUCACAAUGCUAAGCAUUUUAUAGUACUGAAGUGAAAUUUUAGAAUGUGCAUAAGUUUGAUUUGUUGAUUAUGCGUUAAUCUGUGUAUUUAGAAAGAAACCUGUUGGAAUAUAGUUAAAAGGAUUUUAGUGUAAAGGAAACAUAUUUGCUUGCUUCGGACUGUGACUGUGACAAUAUCGAUGAAUGGGUGUUUGUAACUGAGCAUAAUGGGUGGACAGAGUUACAAUUUGAAAUCAUAAUAACUUGUGGUUGAUAUGUUAAAGUCUUGGUAAUGGUAUUUUGUUUCACCCACCCAUAAUUGACUGUUUAGAUAUGACAUUGAAGAUAUGUCUCCAUUAAUUUUAAUAAAAGGAUAAGAUGA